AUGGCCAAAAAUUCAAGGAGCAUGAAAUAUUCGUCUGGUGAGCUCAGAUCAACGCGUUAUUUGAGGCCCUUCAGCCAUUGUAGUUUCAAGAGAGUUGCUACCCAGGAGCCAACAUUAGCAGCAACGGAGAAAUGUGCAUGGAAAGACGCGAUCUGUCCAGUCUGCAUCGAAUGCCCGCAUGAUGCUGUCCUUCUACUCUGUUCAUCUCAUGACAAAGGCUGCCGUCCAUAUGUAUGUGGAACCAGCUUCCUCCACUCAAAUUGUCUCGACCAGCUUAUAGAGUCACGCAGAAGCCCAGGAAGCGGUGAUGAUCCAGGCUCGAUAGUGCUCACAUGCCCACUUUGCCGUGGUGAGGUUAAGGGAUAUACACUGGUUGAGCCUGCUCGGGAGCAGCUAAACAGAAACAGGAGGAGCUGCAUGCAAGAUGGCUGCUCAUACAGUGGUACAUACCGAGAACUCUGCAGGCAUGCACGAAAGAAGCAUCCUUCGGCAAAGCCUCGUGCUGCGGACCCUCUACAGACUUAUAGAUGGAGGCGACUCAUGUUCAGAACCACGUUGCAAGACAUGAUCUGCGCGACGAGCUCGUCAAUGCUCCAAGGGCUAUUGUCUGCCAUGUUGCAGUGGGAGGAGCUUCUGUCAUCUGGUUGGCGUGGAGGUGAUGAUCACCUUGGUGCUGCUAAUGAUACUGCAGUAAACAUGAGAAAAUGA